GUUUAGUCGCGGUUAGUCUCUGAUUACAAUAACUAUACGUUUUUCUCGCUUGCCGCUUCAGUCGAUGAGCGUUCACCAAGCGAUUAACAUAUUGUUAAAUUAUCGCGAUACGCAAAUUAAGUGUAAAAUUACCGACUCUGCUCGACAAUAAAUUAUGUUGUGAAAUAUUUCGCGUAACGCCGAGUUAUUUGUGAGUUAUUUUUGUAAAAUUCUUAACAUUUUUAAAAAGACAACAUGGAAAUAACUUCGGAAAUGGAUCAUACUAGUUACCCAACGACUGCCCUGGGCAGUACCACGACAUUUCAAACAUUUGCAAUGACUUUUGCUGCGAAUGCCACCAAAAACAAAACUUAUUCGCGAACAUUAAACGCGUACGAUUACGCCAUACCAGCGGUUGGUUCCUUGGCGAUUGUGUUAAAUUUAGCUGUUGUGAUAUCAAGUGGAUUAAUAUUGAAAAAAGGACAAAUGCCCAAAACCACCUACAUUCUCCUCGGAAACGUCGCCAUGUCUGAUUUACUAACAGCAUUAACCACAGUUUUCGGCCAAAUUUACCCCAAAGAAUACCGCGAGCACAAUAUCUGUUGUCUACAAAUCGGAAUGAUUGUCUCCAGCACUCUUGUAUCCGUCUACUCAGUGGGUCUAAUUGCAAUCGACAGAUUUCUCUAUAUCGUUCACGGAUUAAAAUACCAAAAGUGGAUCUACCCGAGCCGUGUACGCGUCGCAAUAGGAUUUACAUGGAUUAUAGGUUUGGUUAUCGGUUUCCUUCCGUUGACAGGAUGGCACGGUGAUACCAUGAAUGGUACCCGCUGUUGGUUUAUCCUCCUCGCGCCAAAAAACCUGGUCGUGCUCACCGUUGGAGUGGGAGCUGUACCUUUAGUUCUGGUAGUGGUUCUCUACUCAAUAAUUCUUUACCAGGCGCUCAAAAACAUCAAAAAAAUACAAAACCAACCGAAAGUGGCACCGGUAGAAGCCGGAAGUGGUAACCUACGAAUGUUUGUUGGUAACCCUCGCCAUCAGGAGGACACCCGCAAUCGUCCCAACAAAUGGCGCGCAAUUAAAGUGGUCAUGUUUACAAGUGGUGCAUUCGUUCUAAGUUGGGGACCAUACUUUGUAGCAUGUACAAUUUACGUAUUAACCGAUAAUGAAAAAAUGGCGAAUACUCUCCGAGUGUUAAUAGCAAGCCCUUUUGCUAUUCUGGGUUUUUGUAAUACUCUAAUAGAUCCGUUGAUUUACGCAUGGUGGCAUAAGGGAUUUAGGAAUUUUAUUAAACGUCAAUUUGCUUCUAUCCGAAGAAAAAGGGGAAGUGUUUCUCCUAGUAAGGAGACCUCUACUACUUCUGCUACACCUUCAGUCAUGACUGGUCAAUAAUAUUAAUAAUAGCAUGACAUAUUAAUAUAAUACUCAACAGAACGGAUUAUCUACUCACCAGUAGUUUGUUUUUCUGACGCCACCGACGAGGUAUCCUUUGUAUCCGUCGAUGUGGUACGUUCCCAUUCAGCGUACUGCACCGCAGGUCCUUCAGUAGCCCCACACAGACUGGAGUAACUGGUGCUAACAGUUGGCACCCGCUGUGAGACCGAAUAAAGAGCGCCUUCUUCAGCCUGCGCGAAAUCCUCGUGACUGGCUGCCUUUGAACGACUGGAAUAAUCACUGGAAUAACAAACACAUGACAAAGACUGUAUGUAAUCAAUCAAAAAGUAUUUUCUGGUCAAUAUUUUGUAAUAAAUGUGUGAAGUGUGACAAAUGUAA